AUGACAGACCUGUUUGAGCAGCAACCAAGUACAGGCUUUUUUAGUCUACGGGUCAAUAAAUCAACUUUCCUCAUCAUCGAAGACGAUUCUUAUGGUGAAGAACCUUACAUUUACGUCAAGCUAUAUCCAACCCACGUUCUCAUAACCGACACUGGCUGCAAUUCUCCCCGCAAGAAACAGCGCUCCUUAACCUCUUUGCGUCAAUAUUUAGAGAACUAUCCUCUCCCAAGUUAUGGUGGGAAAUGUCUCAACCCAGGUGGCGAGAAGAAAUACAUAAUAAUCUGUUCGCACUGUCAUUACGACCACAUCUUGGGGAUAACCCAGUUAUUGGAAGUAGAACCGACCAUUAUUGCUUCGAACUUCGAGCAGUCUUUUAUCCUUGAUGGGCUUCCAACACAUUCCCUCUGCAAAUAUGUAAAUGUUCCGACACCUAAAUACAAAAUCUCAAGAUGGGCCGGUCACAUGGAGCAUUUGUCCAUUGAUGACCAUCCAUUUAGAAUUCAGUUCCUACAUGUUCCAGGCCAUACACCAGACUCACUAGCAUGGUAUGACAUUGAUGAACACCAUCUUUACGUUGGAGACACUUUCUACGAACGCAAACGGGCUGUUGAAAUUCCUGGCAUACCGGAUAACGCAGGUCAGGUCCCAGGAUUGCCAGCAACUCAAGCUGCGAUCAUUUUCCCUGAAGAAGGUGGCAAUUGGAUACAGUUCAUGUCAUCGCUCAAAAUGCUCUACUCGUUUGUAUUGUACCGGAAUGCUGAGCUUCGUCGCCAGCACGGAUCGAAUCAUGCCCCGACCCCAAGGGUCAAAGUUGGAUGUGGACACUUGACAUACAAUGCAGAUGCCGAAUGCAUGAUUCACGAAGUACAGAGUCUUUUUGAAAGAAUCAUCGCGGGGAAAGUUCCAGUCACAAGCAGCGGGGAGAAGCGGGGAGUCAUUCACGACUUCUGGCUUGAACACGAGGACUCACGAUACAGCGUGAUGGCACCUAGACACCUUGCUACGGAAGCCAGAAAGUACUUCCACAAGACAAUUAUAUAG